GGUAGUGUCUCAGCAGCAGCGAGCGCACGAGUCUCUCUUUGGUGGAAGAUCGCGAGGAAGCGCCAUCGUCCAGCUUUCAUUCAGCGUCAUGGAGGAGUCGAGCAGCUGACGUUUCCUUCAACCUUCUCUUUUCACGCGUUCCUUCGUACGGUCACCGAUCCGUGAGUGGUGUAAUCAACGACUUUUCGCUCAUCGACGCGCGUCUGACUCAGUUUGAGGAUGAAGUUCAUCAUCGGGAUCGGAGGGGUCACGAACGGUGGCAAAACCACACUGACGGACCGGCUGAUCAAGAACCUGCCCAACUGCUGCGUGGUCCACCAGGAUGACUUCUUCAAGCCCCAAGAUGAGAUUGAAGUUGAUGAAGAUGGCUUUAAGCAGUACGAUGUCAUCAGCGCUCUGGACAUGGACGCCAUGAUGAGCACCAUCCUCGCCUGGCAGCAGAACCCCGUCAAGUUCGAACGAUCCCACGGCGUCAACAACUCGCUGGACUCGGAGAUCCUUCCGCGCGAUCAGGACGAGGACGGAGGCGUUCACAUCCUGAUCGUGGAGGGGUUUCUGCUCUACACCUACGGACCUUUGAUCGAUGUGUUGAACCAACGAUACUUUAUUUUCCAUUCCAUACGAAGAGUGCAAAAAGAGGAGGAGGUGAGCUACUCAAGCAGCUACUAA